CUGACGCGUACUAGGGUGGUCAGAAAUGGGGAGUGGACAGAGAGAGGACUGGUGACACUGGACAGGACAAUAGGAGUAAGAUGCUUACAGCUGGCAUGGUGGGAAGCAAAUCAGGAACCCGUAGGAGAUACCAGUAAGAGUUGAACCACCUAGUCAUUAAACAAAGAAGUGUUUUGCUGUCGAAGGAUGGGUGCCUGCUGCAGUCGUGACCCCACACGGGAGAUCGGUCAAGAGCUGGUUCCUAUCAAACGUCACGCCGUCUGGCCAAGGGCAGCCAAGGUAGUCACUAACCUCGAUGACCAUGAAUUCUCCACGUGGGAUCUCACGUGUCACACAAGUCACAACCAGAGGACCACCACAUUUCGACAUCCUGUGACUGGACAGAUUUCCCCAGAGAACAUGGAUUUUAUCCUGCAGCCGCAGGGUACUCGAAUGAUGUCAAAACCUGCGGGUGAGCAGCUCUCCAGUACCACCGUCAGCGAAGCCUCUACUGCCAUCACCUCUUCCACUGUGGACACGUCAGCCUCCAAGGGCUCCCGGUCCAGUGGCAAGGUGCACAGCUUUGGGAAGAGAGAGCAGUCCAUCAAGAGGAAUCCCAACGUCCCUGUGGUGGUCCGCGGAUGGCUGUACAAACAGGACAGCUCUGGGAUGCGUCUUUGGAAGAGGAAAUGGUUUGUCUUGGCUGAUUUCUGUCUGUUUUACUACAAAGACAGCAGAGAGGAGUCAGUCCUGGGCAGUAUUCCUCUGCCCAGCUAUGUCAUUUCACCAGUGGGACUCGAGGAUCACAUCAACCGCAAGUAUGCCUUUAAGGCUAGCCACACUGGUAUGCGCUCGUACAUUUACAAGCAGACCUCUGUGAUUGGCUCGCAGGCGGAGCACACUGGGAUGCGAACCUAUUACUUCAGUGCCGACACCCAAGAAGACAUGAACACCUGGCUUAGGGCCAUGAACCAGGCCACGCUGAUGCAGAACCACAGCGAUGCAAUGAUCAGACCAGCUGAUAAGUUGUCGCAGCAGGCUGUCCCACAGACAAACCAUGUAAGCCACCACAAGACCAAGACUUUCGAUUCUGAGACAACAAGACAGAUGAUUCAUGAGGUUCUCCUGGAGCCCAUACACCGUGACGCAGAGGAGCGUUGCAGCUUUCACAAAGACUCUCCUGCCACCAUCAUGUUGGAUCCCCCCAUAGGAAGCACUGGCCUAGAAAUGGACACGCACACUUCCCUCCCAUCUAAUCCCGCACCCUCUGCCGUACCACAGCCAGAUCACAUUUCGGCUUCAGCGCCUGUGUCCAGGGUGCCGUCCCGUGCUCCGUCACGAGCCGCUUCGACUUUGCCCUCCAGCAUUUGCACAAGAAAUGGCCUGGUCUCCACACCCAGCCCCAUACUGGAACCCAACGGCAUCGCAGCAGGGACGUAUCAAAGGGCCCCAGAGCCACCUGCUAAUAACACACAAAAGCACGCUCAGAGGAGAAGUACCCUUGACCAGGUGGAGCAGUGGGUCAAAGUACAGAAGGCUGAGUACAAAGGUGCCCCAUCCAGAGAGAACACCCUCCCUCGUCGCACACCACCAACGCAACACAAGUACACCUCCAUCGACGCCUACCAAACCCUGCCAAAAACUCCUCGCCAAAGUCCCCCACCUGGCCGACUCGGCGAGUACAAGUAUGCCCAGGACCGCCUGAGUCACUUUCGCCUGACCCCAGAUCAGGGGGGCCCGGCGUCCAACACUGUCUGGCAACUGUAUGAGUGGCAGCAGCGCCACCAGUACCGUCACGGCAGCCCUACCGCACCGCUUUACACCCCGGCCCCAGAGUAUCCAUUUGGCCCCCGCCCACCAUCUACUGUGCCUCCCUCCUCUUCAGCACCUAGGUCAGAGGGCUCUCCUCGCUGUGUCUCAGUACCACCAUCAUCAGCAGACAUACCUCCACCAGGCCCUCCUCCUGGUAUCAGCCGAACCCUGUCCCCCGCACGGAGGCCACACACGCCGGCUGAGCGGGUGACAGUCAAGCCUGUGAGUGAUAUAUCCGUGUUGAACAUCCCCUUCACUGUUUCCCCUCGCAGGACCAAAUCUCAGCUGUUUAAGGCUGCUACUGUUGAGAGACGAUCAAUGCCUCCGUCCGGCUACAUCACUCACACAGUCAGUGCACCCAGCCUUCAUGGCAAAACGCCCGAGGAGCUCACUCUGCUCCUUAUUCAGCUGCGUCGCCAUCAGGCCAAGAUGGCUUCCGCACGUCAGCAAACGUUAGCCCAGCUCCAGCGGCUCAAUGGUCCCAAAGAUCCUUUCCAACACAACCACCUCUUCAGUGCUACCACCACUAGCACCAGUCCCCUCCUCAGCGCCGGCCCCUCUCCCGUGUCCCAUGUUGGACACAUGGGCCUCUCGGCAUCACUUGGCCCUUGCAACACCCAGGCUGAUGACACCUAUAUGCAGCUGAAGAAGGACUUGGAGUAUCUGGACCUAAAGGUACUGAAGGAGUCAGGAAAACCUGUCAAGGUUGCAGAAAGUGAUGUGGAUGUGAAGUUGAGUCGGUUAUGUGAACAGGACAACAUACUAAAGGAUCUGGAGGCGAGGAUCAGCUCCCUGAAGGACGACAAGGACAAGCUGGAGAGUGUAUUAGAUUUGUCCCAUCAGCAGAUGGAGCAGUACCAGGAACAACCAGCUCAUGCCCACAAAAUUGCCUACCAGCAGAGGCUGCUGCAGGAAGAUCUGGUGACGAUCAGGGCGCAAAUAUCCCGCGUUUCCACGGAGAUGGCACAUGCCUGGGAGGAGUACAGCAGGCUUGAGAAUUCAGUAGAGCAGUUGAGGCUAGCACUGCAGGCACAAAUGAACCACAGCUCCACCUCUCAGCAAGAGAAAGCUGAGAUGAAGCGCGAGCUGUGGAGGAUUGAAGAUGUGAUGGCCGGACUGAGUGCCAGCAAAACCAACUACAAGAUUACCAUCGACUCUGUCCAGAACCCAGAGAGGAAAUUAGUGCCUUCAGUGUCAGAACCAGCAGUGCCUUCUCCCAGUGCAGAGAUUCAGCCUCCUCCUCGCAGCUCCAUCCCAAACAUCCACUCUUAUACUUUGCCUCACAGCACUGUGCCAAAGUGGGCAGAGGACAGUGCCCCACCCAGGCCACCACUGCCUCGCCAGUACGACUAUGAGGAUAUACCUCCUGUGGUUCCGCCCCUCCCCAAAGAGGCCUCAGUUAUCCGCCACACAUCGGUGCGUGGGCUGAAGCGCCAGUCAGAUGAGAGGAAGAGGGACAGAGAAAGUGGGCAAUAUGUUGUCAAUGGAGACUAUAAGACUGACUUGCGUUCAUACCUGAGUGAACCAGAGCUGCCAGGAGUAAACCACCACAACAUUGGGUCUGACACUGACUAUCAGUAUUUCUCAAGUAAAGGCUCCUCCUCUCGACAGAACCAGUCCAACUCAUCUCAUCUCAUCUCAUCCUACGUCACCCUAAGGAGAGGACUUGGGAGCUCUGCAGCAAAGGAAAGACCUAAGAGUGCCUUGGAGUGUCUGUCAUCAACUUCCGAAGUCCUGCAGCCCUCGAGCAGCCAGGCCAGAGGCCGAAUGACUGCGGAGGAGCAGCUGGAACGAAUGAAGCGCCACCAGAAAGCGUUAGUUCGGGAGCGCAAGAGGAACCUCAGCCAGGGCGAGCGUUCCAGCACGGGCCUGUCUGCCUCCAGCGUCACCGCCCAACGCUCGUCGUCCUCCUCAAGGCUGCCCUCGAGCACGUCCGACCCUCCAGCCUCCGUGUUUGACUGGCAGGAGGAGCGACCUGUGGCAGAAGGUCAAAGCGAUGAAGGGUGGAAUCCAGUCAAAGAGAGGGGCAGGAUCCAGUCAGAUGAGUGGGUGACAGUAACAGCUACACGCAUAAGAGAGGUGGAUGUGGAACCUCUCGACUAUGACCUGGAUAUCAGCCGAGAGCUGUCCAAACCAGAAAAAGUUCUCAUCCCCGAGCGCUACAUUGAGUCUGACACCGAUGAGCCUCUUAGUCCAGAGGAGCUGGAGGAACGUGCCCGUCGGGCUGAGCGAAUCAAGACCCUGCUGGCCAAAUCCAGUGUCCAGAACAUACAGCCAUCUGCACCGCUGGACUUCACUGAGCUGGAUUCAGCUCUGCAGCAGCAGGAAAGGAUCAUGAAUGUGUCCCAGAUGCUGGCUUCAGAGGCCUCGCGCAAGAGCAAGCUUGUUGCAGGGACUGAAAGACUGGAGAGCUGGUGAGCAUAUCUGGUCCAGCAAGAGCUACUGCAGACCACUGAUCCACAGGAACGACCGGUGCAACAAAACGGAGCCUUUGUGAAAGGAGCUUGAACUGGAAGGAUCUAAUCAUUGGAAGUGGACUGAUUUACAUAUAACAAAUGCCUUUUUUUAAUGAUUGAGGACUAAACACAUUUUUUCAAGAGUUUUUCAUUCAUAUUUCUGAAGUGGUAUCAGGUUUUCUUGCUUCUGCAAUUACACUGCACAUUUAAGUAAUUAUUUUUAACACAAGUUAGUUGCUUUUUUAAACUCUACAUUUACUUACCUGUACUGUUGACAUGAAAGUUUUAGCUGGAUUUCAUUUCAGCUGGAUUUCAGUUUUAAAUUGCAGCGAGAUCACUUUGACCAUUAUUUAUUGCAGUGUUUAGCUUCAUGGGCUUCGUAUACUUUCCCAGCACUGUCACUUGAUGAUCCAGAACCCGUCAGUCAUCACAAAAGCAUUAAAAAAUAAUACAGUUUAACACAUUAAAAGAA